GCCCCCUCCCGAGUACCAGCCCUGGCUGGGGGCUGGGACACAUCCGUGGGCUGAGGCUUCCCACAGCUGCCCCUUGGUUGUCGGGGUGGAAUAGCCUUCCCUGGACUCAGAGUACUAGAUGGCUGUGGUCACUAGCCUGGGGUGACAUUCCGUUCUCUGGGCUGUCAGUGCCUGUGUGUGGUGGCAGGAAGGGGGAGGCCCCAGAUUCUCGGGCUGUUGCCAUCCCGGAAGGAGCCUGGUUCUCUUUGAUUCCGGGGCCUGUCUGUGGUGCUCUCAGGGAGUGUGGUGUCUCUGUCUGAGCCAGCUCCCGGGAAUGGCUUUUCCUUCCUCCAGGUCCCUAGGACGGGACUCUGUUCACCCUGGGAACGGGAUCUUGAUUCCUGAGUAGCUGCUGCGGCCCCUCCCCCACCCUUGACUCACUGUCUGGCACUUUUCUUGGACUCCUUAGCUAUCUUUCAUUCCCUUUACUGACUUGGCUUCUUCCUGUCCCUGACUUCUCAGCCUCUGGAUCCCAGGUGGCAGGCACCCUUCCCUCCUGCCCUCCCUCUCCUCAGACCCAGCCAGAGGUCCUGCCUGGAGCACAGCCUAACCUUUCUGGGAUGUGCACCGCUUUGAUGUGAAUGCUCUUUGGCUUUAGUUCUUAUCUGGAUACACUUGACUGUAGAGCCCUGUCCCGGGCUGCACCUCCUCCCUCCCUGACAUCUGUCUGUUUACUCUUGGGGAAAGGGAGCCUCUGAGAUGCCAUCUCACCCUUGCCUGCAGCCCGAGUGAACUUCCCUCCACUGCCCUCAAAGCCACUUUUGAACACUGAGCUCUGACCCUGGCUGGGGGAUGGGCAUGUGUCUCCCUCCUUAAAUUAGCUUUCAGGAGCAGGAAAAAGUCACACCGAGACCCUUGGGCAAAGGACUGUCCUGACCACUUGUUUGGGGCCGGUUUUACUAUGGCUGGUCAGAGGUAGCCUAGCCUGGUAUGAGGGAGGCCGUUACACUGUGGUUAGAUAAGGAGACUCGAGCGCUGAGGAAAAUCCAGGAUCUCUGAGAGCCAUUUCAGCCAGUCUGAACCGCUUAAACAAGAGACAUUUUUCUGUUUCUGGCGGUUGGGGCCAAAAUCAAAGCCCCAACCUGGGGUAGGCCCCCUUCCUGAUUUGUAGUUGGGCACUAUCAUGCUGUUUCCUUAUGAUAGAGGGGUGGGUCCUCUCAUCAUCUUUAAAAAUGAUUUACUUUUUGUGUGUGAAUGUUCUGCCUGCAUGUAGGUCUGUGUGUCAUGUAUGUGCCUGAUGAUGCCUUUGAAAGUGAGAAGGGGUGUCAUGUCCCCUGAAACUGGAGUUACAGACAGUUGUGAGCCACCAUGUGAGUGCUGGGAAUUGAACCCAGGACUUCUGGAAGAGAAGCCAGUGCUCUUUAACCGCCCUUCAGGCACUCCUGUCUCUUUAAGGAACUGAACCUAGGGUUUCAUGCAGGCCAGAGAGCUGAGCCGAGUCCCUGGCCCUCAGAGGCACAGGUCCAUGGCAGCGGAGGUCUGUCAACCCAGCACUUGGGAGGGAGAUGAGGAAUUGAGACCAUCAUGGGCUACACGAGAUCCUUUCUCACUCAAGAUGCUGUUUCCCAAAGCUCUUGCUUCCAAAGUCAUUACACUGGAGAUUAAUCUUCAGUAUAGGAGUAUUUUUGUUGGAAAGUGUUCUGUCCAUAGCAGUACCUCUGAAAGAACGUACUUUCUUUCGGAAGCGGGAAGCUUUUGAGGUUUGUUUGGAGAUGCCUUUUUUUGGGGGGGGGGGGUCUUACUCUGUAAAUCAGUUUGACCUGAAACUCCAGGCAAUUCUCCUGCCUCACCUGGGACUUUAUAGAUUCAAGCUGUGGCUUCUGGAAGGAUGUAAGGCUGGGCUGUUCCAGUCUGUGCAGAAGCCAAGGAGGUUGGCAGGGACAGGGCCAUGUGAGGCACCACGGAGUGUUAUUCAGCAUGGGGCCUAUAUGGUGGUGUCUUCAUUCUACCCUGGUUGUGGGGUCUAGGGUGGCUCAGGAGAGGACUGGGUGGUAGCAGGUGGGGGCAGAGACUUGGAACAGGUGGUAAACUUUGCACGCAUGUGUUGAGAAGCCAGCUCAGCUUUGCACAAGUACCUCACCACAGAGCUAAUACCAUCAGCCCAAAUUUUGAUAGUGACCUGCAUAGAAAUACACACACACGCACGCAGAGUAUAGGAAUAUCAAAAAUACAGCUAGAGGAAUUUUAAAACAUUUAAUUCCCAUACAAACUACCUUGAACAUCAAUCUUUCCAUACUUCCCCCAGGACCCCUUCACAACUGUCCCCAGUACAUACUCCUCCCGCUGACUUCUCCAGCCUGACUGUGGAGAGGGCAGAGUCAAUGGAGUCCCCACCGACUGGUUCUACCUUCUGAUAAUCUUGGUCAUCUGUCCUCCGUUCCUAGAGCCCCUCCGUACCACCAUGGCUGGGGUACUGAAGAGGAAGUUUGACCAGCUGGAGGAGGACUUCUUCAGCUCCUCCGCCUCCUCUUCCUCCUCCGGCAGUCUCUUCUCCUCCUCCCCUGGUUCUUCUGUCUUCCCUGCCUGGAACUCAGAUGAGGAGGGACCAUGUGGUCAGGCACUCCGGCCCGAUCAGGACUCCUGUGGCCUCCAAAGUUUCACUCCCCCAUCCAUCCUGAAGCGGGCUCCGCGGGAGCAUCUGGGUCGCGUGACCUUCGACGGCAUCACUGUCUACUAUUUCCCACGGUGCCAGGGAUUCACCAGUGUGCCUAGCCGUGGUGGCUGCACCCUGGGCAUGGCUCCUCGCCACAGCGCUUGCCGCCUGUUCUCCUUGGCUGAGUUUACACAGGAGCAGGUCCGUGCUCGGCGUGAGAAACUCCGACAGCGCCUGAAGGAGGAGAAGCUGGAGACGCUGAGGUGGAAGCUUUCCGUGGCUGGAGUUCCAGAGACAGGGGCAGGCCUGCCCCUCACGGCCGACGCCAUCCCUGACGCCUCUGUGGAGGACGACCUGGCAGCGGCUAUAGCGGGUGGCCGCUUGGAGGAAGUGAAUUUCCUGCAGCCCCAUCCACCUCGGCAGCGACGGGCCCUACUUCGCGCUUCGGGUGUCCGAAGGAUCGACCGAGAAGAGAAGCGGGAGCUGCAGGCACUGCGCCAGUCGCGGGAGGAAUGUGGCUGCCGCUGUGAUGGAGUCUGUGACCCCGAGACCUGCAGCUGCAGCCUGGCCGGGAUCAAAUGCCAGAUGGAUCACACCUCCUUCCCCUGUGGCUGCUGCAGUGAGGGCUGUGAGAACCCCAAUGGCCGUGUGGAAUUCAAUCAGGCAAGAGUUCAGACACACUUCAUCCAUACGCUCACCCGCCUGCAGAUGGAGCAGGGUGCCGAGAGCCUGGGGGACCUGGAGUCUCCCGUCCAGGACUGCCCCGUUGAACAAGCCCUGGUUUCCUCCUUCCCGCUGGCCAAGCCCCCUGUGAGCGGUGAGUUGGGGGAUAGCAGCUGCAGCAGUGACAUGACCGACUCUUCCGCAUCCUCGUCCUCCGGGGGCAGCGAGCCCCCGGACCACCUCGCCCGCCCCAGCCUGCCGGGUCCCAGCUUCCGGUCUGCCGUGGAUGAAGACAGCCUGGUGCAGAUCCUGAAUUUCAGUGACUCUGACCUCGGUAUUGAGGAGGAAGAGGAGGAGGAGGAAAGGGGUGUGGACAACUUGGAUAACCUCAGCUGUUUCCAUCUGGCUGACAUCUUUGGUGCCGGUGACCCCAGCGGCCUGGCCAGCUGGACUCACAGUCAGUCCUACUCCAGCCUUGCAUCGGGCAUCCUGGAUGAGAAUGCCAACCUGGACGCCAGCUGCUUGCUGAACAGUGGACUUGAAGGGUUGAGGGAAGGCAGUCUCCCUGGCGGUUCCGGGUCCCCUGGGGUGGAGGCCGCGCAGAGUGGCUCCUUGGACCUCAGCUCAUCCUCCUGUGACUCCUUUGAGCUGCUCCAGGCUCUGCCGGACUAUAGUCUGGGUCCUCACUAUACUUCCCGCAGGGUAUCUGGCAGCCUGGACGGCCUGGAGGCCCUCCACUCCUUGCCCAGCUUCUCUCCGCCAAGGGAUGCCAGCUCUUGUUUCCUGGAGUCACUCGUGGGCCUGUCGGAGACGGUUACCGAUGUCCUGGCGCCCCUUCUGGAGAGCCAGUUUGAGGACACUGCUGUGGCACCUUUGAUGGAGCCUGUGCCAGUGUAAGGACCAAGGUGCCAUUUCCCUGCCCCCAGAGCCCUGUUGCUGCUUUUUGUGUGAUUUUGGGGUUCCCCAAGGUCUUUGUAACGGUCUCCCAUGGGCUGGUCCUGGCCAUGGGUGCUAAGUGCACCCUCUUAUUUUUACAUUAACACUCUGAAGUUAUUUAUUUUUUUAAUUUUUUAUUCUGUAUUAAAGAGAGGGCAGGGAGGGGUGUCCCUCUUUCAAAGCCUGGUCUCUUUGUAUUCAAACAGAGGUCUUCCACCUCCCAGUGUGUGCCAGGAGGAGGAAGAGGGGCGGGGCUCUCCUGGCUCAGGAAUUGUCUUUCUGCACUGUGAUUGUUUCUUGGUCCCAAGACAGCAACAGGGCCGAGAGCAGAGGCUUAUGGAUUCCUCUGAACCCUGGGAAGUAGAUCUUCUGAACUGUGAAGAUGUAAUUUAUUCCUGUAAUUUAUUUGGGGACUGCGAGCGGCAUCAGUGGUCGAGUCUCUCUGGCAGGUGGGCAGUGUUGGGGCAGAGCCCCUUCAGUGUGCGCUGCCUGCCUGGGCUUUGGUGGUUUGAGCCUGUUACCUACGACAGCUCCCUGGCUCCUGAGCUGAGGGUGUGCGCUACACCAGCCUUGACCAAAAACCUCUUUUGCCCCUGCCUGGCCACUACUUGUCCUGUGCCCGGUUCCCUUUUCCCCCAAGGCCAUGGGUUAUAGAGCCCAUCCCUGUAGGAUGGGAAGCCAGAGGCCACAAAGAGGGGCAACAGGCCUGCCUCAGGGCAUGAAGCGGACCCUGUAGUGCCCCAUCACUGUCUCAGGGCUUUCUGGGCACUGAACUCCACCCUUCGCCCACCAUGUGCCCCUCGGCCAGUUGGCAGGGGUGGCUCUUGUUGAGGGCUUUUAUGCCCUUCGUUAGCUGACGUUGGAUUUUGUAUGCAUUUUUAUAUUGUCUCUAAGUGUCAGAACUAUAAUUUAUUCAUUUCUUUGUAUGUGUGUGUGUGCCAAGAGACACAGGCUCAGGCCCUGCUCUUUGCCCAGGAGGCCUUGCCAGCCUGUGUGUUUGUGGGAACACAUUGUACCUGAGCUGACAGGUACCAAUAAAGAUGCUCUAUUUUUAA